GAACUUAGAAACGAGAGGACGUUAACAUUAGAUCUCUCAAACUUCAAUGGUGAGUUCCGAAAUCGGAAAACAUGAGAGGGUCAAAAUGCAAAGUAUCCACACGCCGUAACGUGUACCCUUCCUCUCUCUCACUAACCCGCCUUUUCGCCCAAUUCAAACCGCCCACGAGAAAGAAAACCCUCCUCCAAUUUCUCAGCAAAACCCCUCUCAAAAUCUCAACCCUACAUAUGGAAGAAAUUGAAGUGGUAAAGGAGGAUUGCCGGGACCCGGUGGAUUUGUUCAUGACCUUGGACAGCUGGCCUAUCUCACCCCGCAACGACGACGGCGCCACGCAGUCUCAGCCCGACACAUUUCUCGUCGGUUUCGUGAUCGUCAACGUCGUCGGCCUCCGCUAUUACCAGGGAACGAUCAGCGGCCGUGAGAUUGUUGGCCUGGUCCGCGACGACCUCAACCCGCACGAUGAGAACGCGAUUAAGGUUCUCAACAUGCUGUCUGUGCAGGUCGGCUUCAUCGAGCGAGCUGCCGCCGCUGUUUUGUCGCCUCUAAUCGAUAGUCGAUCGAUCAACGUUGAAGGAAUCGUGCCUAAACCGCCAGGAAAGGGGAACAGAUUCAAGAUUCCCUGUCAAAUUCACAUUUUUGCCAGGAUAGAGGAUUUUGAGAGAGUUAAGUUGGCAAUAUCUAGAGGAGGACUGCAGUUAAUCUCGGAAGACAAUGCAUCAUUUACGUUGUCUGAGGCAAUGGCUGUGAAAGAGACGAAAAGCAUUUUAGAGGAGAAGAGCGUAGAUGAAAUAUUCAAAUUGUUGGACUUGAAAGUCAGUAAAGAAGGGUUGUCGGAGCCCUUGGAGCCGCCAAAAGACAUGAUAAAAUCACCGCUCUUUCUGCAUCAGAAGGAAGGACUGGGAUGGUUAGUUAGUAGGGAGACUUCAAGCGAUUUGCCUCCUUUUUGGCUAGAGAGAAAUGGGGUCUAUGUGAAUGAACUGACUAAUUACCAGACUGGGACGAGACCUGAGCCAUUGCGAGGUGGCAUUUUUGCUGAUGACAUGGGCUUGGGUAAAACUCUUACGCUACUCUCACUGGUCGCUUUUGAUAAGUCAGCUCAUGCUGUAAAUUCAUCUAGCAGUAUUGCUGAUGUAGAUGAUGAGGAAUCGGGUGAAAAGUCACAGAGGGGAAGAGGGAGUAAAAAGUCUGACAUUUUGGGGAGAAAGAGGAAAGCUGGAGAUCUUGGUGCAAACAGAAAGGGGAAAAGGCCUGCCUCUGAUAAAUUCUCUUCUUUGGGGCCAAAGACUACACUUAUUGUUUGUCCGCCUUCUGUAUUUUCAUCGUGGAUGACACAGUUAGAAGAGCACACUAUAAAGGGGACUUUUAAGGUGUACAUGUACUAUGGAGGAAGGACUAAAGAUGCUAAAGAGCUUCAGAAAUAUGAUAUUGUACUGACAACAUAUUCUACACUGGCUAGCGAAGAAUCUUGGGAUGAAUCUCCUAUUAAAAAGAUUGAGUGGAGACGAGUUAUAUUAGAUGAGGCACAUGUGAUCAAAAAUGCAAACACUCAACAGAGCCGUGCAGUCACUAAUCUCAAUGCAAAGCGUAGAUGGGCUAUUACUGGGACACCUGUGCAAAAUAACUCUUAUGAUUUGUUUUCGUUAGUAGCCUUUUUGAAGUUUGAACCUCUUUCAAUGAAAAACCUUUGGAAUAGUUUAAUACAUCGGCCACUUGCUCGAGGAGAUGACAAGGGUAUCUCCCGGCUCCAGGUUCUUAUGGCUACUAUAUCUUUGAGGCGAACGAAAGAGAAAGGUUUGGUGGGUCUGCCAUCUAAAAGCAUAGAGAUCUUUUCUGUGGACCUUCGUGAAGAAGAGCGCAGGGUUUAUGAUCAGAUGGAAGAAGAGGCCAAGAAGAUUGUUAAAGACUAUAUCUCUAAUGAAAGUGUAGUGAGAAACUACUCUACUGUGCUUAGCAUUCUUAUAAGGCUUCGUCAAAUUUGCACGGAUCUGGCCCUGUGCCCAGAAGAUCUUAGAGCUCUACUUCCACAAAGCCAAAUUGAAGAUGUGAAGAACAACCCGAAAUUGCUGCAAAAGUUGCUUUUUGUGCUACAAGACGGAGAGGACUUCGACUGUCCAAUCUGCAUCUCUCCUCCCACGGAUAUUAUAAUAACAUGCUGUGCUCACAUCUUCUGCGAGCCGUGCAUCCUGAAAACACUAAAACGAACCAAAGCCUGCUGUCCAAUGUGCCGUCACCCACUCUCAGAAUCCGACCUAUUCAAAGCCCCUCCAGAGUCAUCUCAGACAACUUCCACUGAAGGUCCUUCAUCGAGCCCAUCAUCCAAAGUUGCUGCACUUUUAAAACUCCUAACAGCUUCUAGAGAUGCAAGUCCAUUUUCCAAGUCAAUCAUCUUCUCUCAGUUCCGGAAAAUGUUGCUUCUGCUCGAGGAGCCCCUGAAGGAAGCCGGUUUCAAAGUGAUCCGCUUAGAUGGGUCAAUGAAUGCUAAGAAGAGAUCGCAGGUGAUCAAAGACUUUGGAGUCCCGGCACCCGAAGGCCCCACGAUCAUGCUGGCAAGUUUGAAAGCUUCAAAUGCAGGGAUCAAUCUCACUGCUGCUUCGACUGUGUACCUGCUGGAACCAUGGUGGAAUCCUGCUAUCGAGGAACAAGCCAUGGAUAGGGUGCAUCGCAUCGGGCAGAAGCACGACGUGAAAGUUGUGAGGCUGAUCGCUCGAGAUACCAUAGAUGAGAGGAUUUUGCAGCUGCAAGAGAAGAAACGAAUGCUGGCGAAGAAAGCUUUCAGCCUUCGGAGCCAGAAAGGUCGAAGGGAGAUAAACAGAGGGGAUCUGACGACCUUGAUGAACUUGUAAGCCGUUCUUGCCUUUUGCCUUUUGCCAUUUUGAUGAGAUUUUCUAAUAGUGGCUGAAAAUGUAUAUAUUUCUCUGGUGUUAAAUUGCCAAGAUAUUCCAACUUGUUUUUGUGAAUGUGAAAUGCAUUGGCAUCAAUAACAAUUAUUGGGCAUUAGUCGGUUUA